UCUCAUAAUUUAAAAUUUUCCUAACAUCCUUUGUACUUUUGAAUGGUAAUAUAGAUUGUGUUUGUCUUGUAAGAUAGAUUGUGUCUUACUAAGAAUCAUUUUAAUCCUAGUUAGGUUGGUGGGCAUCUUCUGUUGGUCUAAGUCAAAUGCCAACCAUGUGUUUGUAAAAUUGCCUCUGUGGAAAAAAAGGCAAAAGGGUACUUGACAGUGAGGGGUACGAGGAAGGUAAGUUGUUGUCUAACAAGGUUGUAUGGUUAUGGCAAAUAGUGGCAUCAACUUGGUGCUUCAUCAGGGGUCAAUGUUGCCCCAUGAACUUCCUGUAGCUUCUCAACUGACACCUGCAAGCUUUCGUUCAUUUUCUUCAACUUGGGCUACUACCAAUGGAGCCCUUCAUGUAUCAGCACAAAGGUGGAACUGCAGUGCGUCUUCUUGUUGUUUCCGUGUCAGGGAAUGCAGAUGCAAAUGGAAACGGGUUCUCAGAUGCUGCUCCACCACUGUUAUGAAUGGGAAGCUACGUGCGCAGCCCAUAAGGAAAGCAUGCAACCUGCUGCAUGAAGCAUUCAUAGCGAGGAAGUUAGUUAGGAAGUGUCAAUGCUGUUAGGAUUCUGUUAGAAGUUUCUGUUAGAGGGUUCUAUAUUCUGUUAAGAACCUUGCCUUAUAAAUAGCUGGUAAUAAGGUGUUCAAAGGAAUGAGAAUAUACGCUACUUUCAUCUUCUUCUUCUCUGCAAUUUCUGGGAGGCACUUGGUCCUCGAAAUCCAAGUAUAACAUUGGUGCUUUCAUUGAGAGUCCAUGGCCGCCUUCCAUGGCUGUCAUACCCAUCUCCACACACCUUCGUUGCCGCACACCCUUCAUCCCUUUGUACAUCCAGCUCAAUCCCUUGGAAUUGAUUUUGAGAGUACCCGCAAACGUUUGUUGAGCUUGUUCGAUCCUGAGAGAACCCUUCCUUCAUUUCAGCAACCACCAUACGAAGCUUCCAUGGCUGCCGUCCAUGAUUGCCACUCGCCGUACGGAGCUUCCACCUUCCACUACCACCACCCCUUCCCUAGUCAUUCUUUCCACACAGCCAACCACCAGCAACCAUGUCCACAACACCCAUUCCCUUCCAUGUCCAACACAAGCAAGCACGAAGGAUCUUUGACUCACCUCGAGGCUGUCCUCACUCGUCUUGACGAGAGCAUGCACUCCAUGAAUCUAAAGAUAGAUGAACUCCUGAACCGUUUUCCCCCUGCCACUCCGAUCUCAAAUGCAAACCCAAUACCAGUUCCGCACCCCUACCACGCUGCUCCUGCAAACAAUCACAGGAUCAACUUAGAAGGACCAUGGACCGACGGCACAGCACCACACCUUCAAGAAGAGAAGCUUUCGGAAUGCUGUCCGCGGACUCCGUCUCCGCCACCACCUCCACCGCCGGCUCCGUCACCACCUCCGCCGUCACCUCCACUGGUCGCACUCAUACAGCCGCCCCCCACAACCUUGUCCGGUUCGCUUCCCGUUGUGAUUGUUUCCCUCAUCACCAACAGCAACCCUCACAUGUCCUCUGACCCCCGCGGGAUCACCAUUCUCGGAGUUCGCAAGGAGCACUUCAGCCGUGGAAAGGAGCUCGACCACUCCUUCCCCCUCACCUUUUACACUGCAAAAUGGUUCGACUUCCGCAACACUAACCUCCAUCUGCUCAUUUCUUCACCCAUUUUAAUUUGGGAUCCUGGUUCGAAUGUUGAAGCCAUGGUGGUAGCCCCAACACCUUGAGGACAAGGUGUUUUUGAUGGGCCAGGGAAUGUUAUGAAUGGGAAGCUACGUGCGCAGCCCAUAAGGAAAGCAUGCAACCUGCUGCAUGAAGCAUUCACAGCGAGGAAGUUAGUUAGGAAGUGCCAAUGCUGUUAGGAUUCUGUUAGAAGUUUCUGUUAGAGGAUUCUAUAUUCUGUUAAGAACCUUGCCUUAUAAAUAGCUUGUAAUAAGGUGUUCAAAGGAAUGAGAAUAUACGCUACUUUCAUCUUCUUCUUCUCUGCAAUUUCUGGGAGGCACUUGGUCCUCGAAAUCCAAGUAUAAAAUUGAGCAGGUUGCAUGCUUUCCUUAUGGGCUGCACACGUAGCUUCCCAUUCAUAACAACCACUGAGUUUGUUAUUGCCAGUGAUGACAACUAUGGCAAGAAGCAGGUCGUUAGUCUCACUCCCUUCCUCUAUGACUAUGUCCUAAAAAAUGUUCGAGAACCAGAGAUUCUAAGGCAAUUGCGACAGGAGACGGCCUCUAUGCUUGGAAGUCAGAUGU